UUUAGAAUAGUCCAAAAUGUCAAAGAAGAAAAUAAGCUUAACAAAAUUGAAGGCUGACUCAAACAAACACAGGGAAAAGAAGCAGAUAACGAUCUCCAAGUUUUUCUCUGCGCCUCAACACCCGACACAGAACGGGACUGAGCAAGAGGACACUGACAGACAGACUGACAGUCCUGUCGUUAUCAUUGAUGAUGACUUGCCAAAGGAACAAGACAAACAGGACACAAAAGGUGGAAGAAAAAGAGCAAAUAAGAGCAAAGCAGAAACUUGUGAAAAUAAAAGAAAACGCUAUCAUCCACCGCAGCCAUCUACUUCACCAAAGUCAGAUAGGGCAUUACAAGAUUUACCUAGCACUUCCUCUUAUAGAUGUGGAAAAGAAUCAAGCCAUGGAGUUUCUGAUUCUACAAAAUCAAAACUGAAUAAAUUCCACAUAGAUGAGGAUUCCAAGUCUCCCGCUGUUAAAGAUAUAAGAACUUAUGUUCCAAGGCAAUCAUUGUUAAAUACAAGUAUUGAUGAUGAACAAAUCCAUAAUCAAAAAAGUGUUAUCAGCUGUAGUGAUAAUAACAGUGAAGAUGAGCAACUGCCAUCCACGUCAAAGAGCUCCACAGGUUUACAGAAGUUUGCUGUUGCUUCAAGAGGAAACACCCAACUUAACAAAAGAACCAAGACUAAAUACACACCGUUAGAACAGCAGUUCCUAGAACUGAAGGAAAAGUACCCCGACACUUUGCUGUUUGUGGAAUGUGGAUACAAGUACAGGUUCUUUGGAGAGGAUGCAGAGAAUGCUGCCGAUGUCCUGAAGAUAUACUGCCACUUAGACCACAACUUUAUGACAGCCAGCAUUCCCGUCCAUCGGCUGUUUGUCCACGUACGGAGACUUGUAGCUGCUGGGUAUAAGGUGGGAGUUGUGAAACAGACAGAGACAGCAGCACUUAAGGCCUGUGGAGACAAUAAGAGUGGUCCAUUCACCAGACAGCUUACAGCCAUGUACACCAAGUCCACACUGUUUGGUCAAGAUGUAGACCCACUGAACACUUCUGAGGAACUGCAAGGGGAGAUAAAUGCAGAGAGAAGCUGUAGCGAGUAUCUCAUGUGUGUGUAUGAUGUUCCUCAAGAUAAAGUCUCAAAGCAUCAAACAAUAGGUAUCCUUGCGGUGCAGCCCUCAACAGGCGACGUUAUCUAUGACAGCUUUGAUGACUCAGAUCUUAGAAGUCAGCUGGAGACGAGAAUUCUUCACAUUCAACCAGUGGAGUUAUUAACCAGUAGAACGCUGUCUGAUGCAACCCAAAAACUGUUAUCUGAUAUUGCAGCUUUAAGGUCUACAGAUGAUGACAGUCUGAGACAGGAACUGUGUGAUGAUGAGGUGUUUGAAUUUAGAUCAGCCUUUACAGCAGUGUCUGAGUUCUACAAGGCACAUGGGAAAGACCCCUCUGUUGUGCAGUCCGUGAUCAAUCUCCCCCCUCCCAUCAUCAGCUGUUUAGCUGCUGUGUUGAAAUACUUGAAAGACUUUGGACUUCAAAAAGCCCUACAGGACUCAAGCAAUUUCACACAGUUUUCAGAAAAGUUGAAGCAUCUCCACUUGCCUGGAAACACUGUGAGAAAUCUGGAACUGUUUUGUAACCAGAAUGAUGGCAAGGAGAGGAACUCUCUGUACUGGCUGAUGAACCAGACCGUGACGAAGUUUGGAGGCCGGAAACUCAAGGCCUGGCUUACCCAUCCUCUUAUGGACAUCAAAGAAAUUUUACAGAGACAGGAAGCAAUAAAUGGAAUUUUAGACAAUAUGAACUCCAGUGUUCUUGGUAAAUUUCGGAGCAUUCUUGGAAAAUCACCUGACCUGGAAAGAGGGUUGUGCUCAAUAUUUUAUGAAAAGAGCAGUGUCCAGGAAUUCUACUCUGUGACCAGAUCCCUGUCCGCAGUGGUGAGUGAAGUCGAGGGAGUUAAGAAAUGGCUGACUGACAAUUUAAACUGUUCCUUACUGCAGCAGAUAUUUAAUGAUAUUCCUGAUCUCCUCUCUGACAUCACACAGUUUAAGGAAUCACUUAAUGAAACUGCUGUAAAGGCUAAUGACAAAACCAAAAUUUUUGUAAAUGAACAAGAUUUCCCAGACAUUGGAAGGAGAAAGAAUCAAAUUGAGGCAGUAAGGAGAGAAAUUUUGGAUCAUCGACGAGAAAUCCGCCUUGUGCUGCAUCAGCCUUCCCUAGACUAUGUCACAGUAAUGGGUAUAGAGUACCUGAUAGAAGUCAGGAAUGCCCACAUUAAUUUGGUCCCCAAUGGCUGGGUCAGGAUCAGCAGCACAAAAACUGUGACCCGCUUUCACUCUCCAUUUAUUGAGGCCAAAGUCAGGGAGCUGAGUCAGCUACAGGAACAACUGGUGUUAGACUCACAGGCAGCAUGGGUGUCCUUCCUACGCCAAUUUAAUGAGGGAUUUAGAAGAUAUAAAACAGCUGUGGAUCACCUAGCUACAUUUGACUGCUUGUUUUCUUUGGCAUUUGUUGCCAAGCAUCAGGCCUUCUGUAGGCCAGACAUACGUGCAGAUGAUGUUUGUAUAGAAAUAAAGCAUGGCAGACACCCUAUAAUUCAGCAUUUAAUUGGAGAGGGUGGACAGUAUGUAGCCAAUGAUACAAAUCUGAAGGGUUCAUCAGAGAGAGUGAUGAUUAUUACUGGGCCAAACAUGGGGGGUAAGAGCUCCUUCAUCAAACAGGUAGCCAUUAUAUGUAUCCUGGCCCAGAUAGGCUCCUAUGUUCCAGCCGAUUCUGCUAGAAUAGGCAUUCUGGAUGCCAUAUUUACAAGGAUGGGAGCAGCUGAUGAGAUCUUCAGUGGUAGAAGCACUUUUAUGGUAGAGCUCCAGGAAACCUCCGAUAUCCUUUCGCAAGCUACCUCACGUUCGCUGGUUAUUCUGGACGAACUUGGACGGGGAACCAGUACACACGAUGGUGUUGCUAUUGCCUACGCCACCCUAGACUACUUUAUCUCAAAGGUUCAGUGCCAAACACUAUUUGUGACACAUUAUCCAAUUCUGGCAGAGUUUGAAAAAUUGUACCCUCAGAAUGUUGGCAAUUUUCACAUGGGAUUUAUUGUACAUGAAGAUAAUGAAACAGAUGGUGAAGACAAACAAACAAUAACUUUUCUUUACCAACUGGCAAGAGGGAUGGCAGCCAGAAGCUAUGGUUUAAAUGUUGCUCGACUCGCUGGAAUACCUCACAAUAUUAUAAAAGCUGCAGCUCGGCUGUCAUCACAGCUGGAGGAGAAAAUCCAGAAAAGAAGAUUAGAACUGGAGGCCUUUCAGAAAAUUAUGUUGGCAGCUGAUGAUGAUGAACUACUUCAGUGUACAAAGACAUUUUUGAAAUCAAAUUCUGGACAGAGUGAUUUACCAGAAUGAAUUUUCAUAAUGUUGCAUGAACAAAAAUAAAAUAUGAAAGCAAA